AUGGGGCGACUUCCUGGUGAGCGACCGAAAGAAGUCUCCCUCGACGAGCCCCAGGUGAAGGAAUUGUUGGCUCUUGAGUCGGACUGUCGGAGGGAAAGGCGUCAUGGGAGCUACGGGGCCAGCCGCGUUCUUCGGCACGACAACUUUGCCAAGGUGUACGCGGUGCACGAUCUGCUCACCGGCGAGAGCGUGGUAAUGAAGGUGGUGGGAAAGGAGAAUGUGCUCCGCGCAGGGAUGGAGGAGCAGGUGCAACGCGAGAUCGCUGUCAUGCGGGUAGCCCGUCGCAGCAACAUUGUCGAGCUCCACGAGGACGCCUGCGGGAGAACGCUUCACGCCGCUACUUCAGCCAUCUCGUCUCCGCCGUCGACUUUUGCCAUAGCGGCGGGGUCUUUCACCGUGACAUUAAGCUUUGAGAACCUCCUCCUCGACGACGUCGGCCACCUCAAAAUCGCCGAGCUUGAGCUCAGUGCCUUUGCCAGGGCCGACGACCUCCACCUCCACACAGCGUGCGGAACGCCUUCCUACGUGGUUCCGGAGGUUAUCGGAAACAGGGAAUACGACGGCUCCAUGGCUGGCCUCUGCUCUUGCGGCGUUUUUCUCUUCCUAUUGCUUGCCGGCUAUCACCCAUUCCAGGACGACAACCUCGUCACCAUGUACCGGAAGACCCACCGCCGGGGAUUCCACUCCCCGCCGUAA